AUGGCCUCAUAUAUAGGUCCCUGGCGAACUGAAGCUCAAGGCCAUCUUAAGUCAGACGCCAAUGGCGACUCAAUAACUGACUACACUCGCUGGCGCCUAGUCAACGAGGGGGGUCGCCAGACAUGGCGAUAUCUCGAAUCUGACGAGGAGAACGACGCAUGGCCACAGACAGUUGCUGACAGAUACCACUUGGGCCAGCCGACAGGUCUUCCAGAUCUGUCAGAGGCUAAAACACCUUUACAAGCUGCCGAGAAUGGCCUUUCCUUUUUCUCACAUCUACAACUAGAACCUGGUAACUGGGCCUGUGAGUACGGUGGUCCCAUGUUCUUACUCCCCGGUUUGUUGAUUACAUGGUAUGUGACCAACACCCCUAUCCCGCCGGAGUAUGCGACGGAGAUCAAACGUUACCUGUUUGCCCGACAGAAUCCAGAGGAUGGUGGUUGGGGCUUGCAUAUUGAAGGGCACAGCUCUGUAUUUGGCACCUCUAUGAACUAUGUAGCCCUGCGUCUGGUAGGAGUCAGUGAGGACGACCCCCGUAUGAUCAAAGCCCGUGGCCUGCUUCACAAGUUUGGUGGUGCUGUCUACGGACCUCAUUGGGCCAAAGCUUGGCUCAGUAUCUUGGGUGUGAUGGAUUGGGAGGGUGUGAACCCAGUCCCUCCUGAACUAUGGCUGGUUCCUGACUGGGUGCCUUUUGCGCCGUGGCGCUGGUGGAUUCAUAUUCGCCAAGUUUUCCUCCCUCUCUCUUAUAUCUGGUCAAAGAAAUGGUCUUUCCCACUAAACGAUUUAACCAAACAAAUCCGCGAAGAGCUAUACACCCAGCCAUAUGAUUCCAUUGACUUUUCGCAACACCGCAACUCUAUUCACUCUGCUGACAACUACUACCCUAAGACUUGGGUCUUGAACGGCAUCAAUGAGCUAGUAGUUCGAGUCUGGAACCCUUUUUUCCGACUGAGUAGCAUUGCCAAGAAGGCUGAGGAUUGGACUUGGGAGCUGAUCCGCAUGGAAGAUGAGAACACCGACUAUGCCGGACUUGGCCCUGUCAGUAAUCCGUUGAACAUGGUCGCAUGCUACAUCCAUGAUGGACCUGAUAGCUACUCUGUUCGUCGUCAUCGAGAGCGACUCAACGACUACAUGUGGAUGAAGGACGAAGGGAUGUUAGCAAACGGUACUAAUGGUGUCCAAGUUUGGGACACAACUUUCGUCACACAGGCUGUUGUGGUUGCCGGAAUGGCCGAUGAUCCCAAGUGGCGACCCAUGCUGAGUCGUGCUCUCGACUUCAUUGAUGAUCAUCAGAUUCGGGAAAACGUGCCCGACCAAGAAAAGUGCUACCGUCAGCACCGGAAGGGCGCCUGGCCCUUCAGCACCAAGACACAAGGAUAUACAGUCAGUGACUGCACUGCCGAGGGUCUCCGAUCAACAAUUCAACUACAAGAGAUGCACAAUUUCCCCAAAAAGAUUUCCCUUGAUCGACUGAAAGAUAGCGUGGACUGCCUUCUUUUGAUGCAAAAUCCAACUGGAGGUUUCACCGAGUACGAGACCACGCGAGCUUCUGCUAAAGUCGAGUGGCUUAAUGCCGCUGAAGUCUUUGGUGGAAUCAUGAUCGGCUACGACUACCCCGAGUGUACCACUGCAGCCGUUACCGCUCUAUCCCUGUUUAGCAAGUACUAUCCCGACUAUCGUGCGGACGAGAUCCAUCGCGUAAAAAGCAAAGCCGUUGCAUAUAUCAAGCGUGCUCAACGUGAUGAUGGCAGUUGGUACGGUUCAUGGGGUAUCUGCUUCACUUAUGCUGCUAUGUUUGCCUUAGAGAGUCUGGCCAGUGUCGGCGAGACAUACGAGACCAGUGAAAACUCUCGCCGAGGCUGCGAGUUCCUGAUCUCUAAGCAGCAGGCUGAUGGUGGCUGGGGUGAGUCAUAUCUCAGCAGUGAGAAGCAUACCUAUGUACAGCAUGAAAAGUCCCAAGUAGUACAGACCGCCUGGGCGUGUCUAGCACUCAUGGAGGCCCACUACCCCCAUAAAGAACCCCUCGAAAGAGCCAUGAAGGUGCUUAUGUCCCGUCAGCAGAAAAACGGCGAAUGGCUGCAGGAGGCCAUUGAGGGUGUUUUCAAUCAGUCAUGCAUGAUCUCAUAUCCUAACUACAAGUUCUACUGGCCUAUCCGUGCUCUGGGCUUGUAUAGUAAGAGGUUUGGCAACGAAGAGCUACAGUGA